AGUGCACUCUGCGUUGCGUGUGAAGUAGACCAUAGCCUACCUCUUCAAAGAGACAGCGAUGGGGACUGGAAAGUGUCGGUUUUCUACUCUGGUUCUCACUUUCCUCUGUAGCCAAGCUCUCGUCGGAAAUACAUGGGACUUAACUUUGCUUCAUACCAACGAUGUCCAUGCCCGGAUAGAAGAGACGAGCAGGGAUUCGGGAAAAUGCACGAAAGCUCCGUGUUUCGGUGGAGUGGCGAGGAGACAUACAAAAAUAUUAGAGCUUCGCAGAACGGAACCUAACGUAUUGCUCCUGGAUGGCGGCGACCAAUUUCAGGGCACGGUUUGGUUCAACUUGUACAAAGGUGCAGAAGCAGCCUAUUUCAUGAACAAACUAGGAUACGAUGCAAUGGCUCUGGGGAACCAUGAAUUUGACAAUGGAUGGGAAGGCCUUGUCAAGCCCUUUCUGAAGGAUGUGAACUGCUCCAUCCUGAGUGCAAACAUCCAACCAGAUAGCUCGAUGGCAUCCAGCGUCUUGGGGCACUUUAUGCCUUACAAGAUUUUCAAAGUGGGUUCAGAGCAAGUGGGUGUGGUGGGGUACACAUCCAGAGAAACACCUGCUCUGUCUAUGCCAGGUCCAAACCUAAAAUUCCAAAAUGAGAUAACAGCCCUGCGGACAGCAGUUGAGAAACUCACCACUUUGGGUGUUAACAAGAUCAUUGCCCUCGGCCACUCUGGUUUUACGGUAGACAAAGAAAUAGCAGAACAGGUCCCAGGUGUGGAUGUGGUGAUCGGAGGACACACAAACACGUUCCUGCACACAGGAGAAGCCCCGUCCAACGAGGUCCCUGCUGGGCCUUAUCCCUUCAUGGUGACGUCACAAGAUGGCCGGCAGGUGCCUGUAGUUCAGGCUUAUGCCUUUGGGAAAUAUCUUGGCCAUCUUAAGGUGACUUUUGACGUCAGUGGAAAUGUCCUUGAGGCAAAAGGCAAUCCAAUAUUACUGGACAGCUCAAUAACACAAGACCCUGCAAUCCUGGCCGACGUUGAGGAGUGGAAGAAAGGCUUGGCUAACUACACCGCUCAGUUUGUGGGCAAGACUCUGGUCUACCUCAACGGGACUUCACAGGAGUGUCGGUUCCGCGAGUGCAACCUGGGCAACCUCAUCUGUGACGCCAUGGUGGACCACAACCUGAAGUACGCCGAUGAGGUUCAGUGGAACCAUGUGAGCGCUUGCCUGCUGAACGGUGGGGCAGUGCGCUCACCUAUUGACGAGCGUGCCCGAAAUGGUUCUAUCACAAUGGAGGACCUGAUUGCAGUCUUGCCCUUUGGAUCCACAUUUGACUUGCUUCAGCUGAGAGGCUCCACCAUCAGAAAGGCCUUGGAGCAUGGCGUGCGACGACACGGUGGUGGCACAGGGGAAUUCCUACAAGUAUCAGGUUUUCGAGUUGAAUUUGAUCUCAAUCAGGAACCCUACCAUCGUGUGAAAUCUGUCCACAUCCUUUGCACCGAGUGCCGAGUCCCACGCUACGAGCCAAUGGAGGAUGGAAAAGUUUACAGACUAGUCAUGCCAUCUUACAUUGCGGAUGGUGGUGAUGGUUAUUCAAUGAUCAAAGACGAAAAGCUGAAACACGACAGCGGCGAUCUGGACAUCGCGGUGGUGGAGCGCUACAUCAGUGAGUCCAAGAGAGUUCAUCCGGCCGUGGAGGGCCGCAUCAGGUUCACGAGUUCAAGCCAGGAGGAGGGCCCGACAGGUGGAGGAGCUGGUCACAUGAUCUCACUUCCACUCUUGGUCAUGCUUCUGGCUUUGUCAAUGAGCCUAUAGUCAGCAGUGUCUGAGCCGGAGUUAAAAACGAAAAGCGAAAACUAAAUGAUAACGAAAAUGAACAAUGCAAAACUAACUAAAACUAAACCGAGCUAAAGAUAAAAUCAGCUUAGUUUCAGUAACCCCCCCACCCCCCAGUUUGCACUGUGGGUGUUAUAUAGAGUGCCUGUAAAAAGUAUUCACCCCCCCCCCUUGAAUAUUUCCCCUUUUAUAGCUUUUUAUAAAUGGAAUCUUAAUCAAUUUAAUUUGGCCUUUUUUACAAUCAUUUUCAAAAAUGAAUAUCAAAGUAAAAGCAAAUUUCCACAAAGUAAUGUCUCUGAACCCACCCUCACUCCUCCAAAACAAUGACAUUUCUCCAUCUUAUGCUAUAUUGGUGCUUUCAAGCACCUGAUUCUUCAUCCUGUUUCAUUUCCCCAUAACCACAUCUGACCCCAUCAGCUCUGUCCACACGUUUCGCAAGUAGCUGUCCAGUUCUAAAUCCUUCAACUUUUGGCAUAGUUUUUCAUGAACUCUGUGACUUCCUGUGGUGUGAUUCACCUAAAACCCCAUGGCUACUCAGGUCAAGACUACAAAAGCUCCGUUUGCAUUAGUUUGUUCGUUGGGUAUAAUUUGGCUGGGCAGCUUAACCACUGGUGUGGAAAUUAACAGUUCGAUUUUUGUUUCUAUUCAGCAGUGCUUGAAUAGCAUUUUGCUUGAACACCACGAUGCUUUACAGGUAUCCUGAACUCUUCACCUGAAAACAGAUGGUUCUAGAAGAAUUGGUCUCGUGAGAAUACACCUGUAUACUCAACUCCUUCCCCACUGUGGUGGCGAUUGGCGUGAUGAACUUGAAACCAGAAGGUUAAGCACAUUAUACAGUGACAAAAGACUCAGAUCUGGCCAAUUGUUUGGGGCAAAGUUAGUGAGUGCAGCUUAGCAACUUGUGUAGACAUCUAAUUUGGGCUAUGCAUUUGAAUUCAGUGUUAUUUCAAUAACACGUGUAACACAAGAAACCAGGACAUUUCAGGGAAGAAUUACAUGUAUUGUUGCUAAGCACGAACGGAAAGUUUAGAUGUUUCAUUGCACUGAGAAUGCACCUGUGUGCCCAAGCCCUCUGACAGGUGCAUGUGUGCAAGAAAUGUUGGGGAAAACUUACCCAAGAACAUAGUGGCCCUUAUAGGGUACCAGGUAGAAUGUUGCCUGUGAAGAAAUAAAAACGUUUUGUAGAUUGCUGUGUCGUUUCAGACAAGAACAGUCUACAAAAACAACAGCAAAAUAAAUAAUAGCUUUAGCGAAGUCCUAUUGGGAAGACGCAUAGUCACAUAUUCCAUUCACACCUCGCUAACCAAUCACAGCUCAGGAGAAGUACUACUAGCAAGUUAACACGCCACGUCAUUCAUUCAUUCAUUCCUCUUCCAAGCCAAUCACAGUCCAAUUAUGAUCACAUUGCCUACAUCUCCCAUUCAUUCAAUUACCCUAUUACAAACCAAUAAGUAGGGCAUGAGCUUCUCAAUAACGUCUGUGUCUAAUUCAUUUUUGCUACUCUCAGUAAGCUGAAUUUGACAUCACUACCGCCACCAUCAGUUGGUCCCCGUUGAAAGCAUACGCCAGGGGCUAGACUCCUUGGCCCUGCUUCGCUCUAUCGGCAGGAUCCGAUAUCCCCGUGCUGCUUGCUGGUCUACGCAUGGGGCAUAGGGUUAAAAAUCCUUCCAAUUUAUUUUGUCUCUCAAGUCUUUUUGGUAGAAUUGCAAUACCAGGCCCCAGCUGUGGCGCGACUGGCUGGGGCACCUGCAUCGUACGCCGGCAACCCGGGUUUGAUUCCUGCCCCGUGGUCCUUUCCGGCUCCCACCCCUGCUUUCUCUCCCAUUCACUUCCUGUCAAUUCUCCACUGUCUCUAUCAUUAAAGGCAUAAAAAGCCCAAAAAUAUCCUUUAAAAAAGAAUUGCAAUACCAGAAAGCUAAAUAGGUUGCCAGCCCACUUGUGCGAGGACAUGCUGUGUAUAUUAGGUCCCAGUUUUUUGAUGAAGUAAAAUAAAUAAAAUAUGGCCUAAGAGGAGAACCAUUUGAGAGUGCGUGAACUUGUGAGAAUAUGUGCAAUUCAUCAAAAUUGGCACUAAUAUUUAUUCUGAACUUCCACACCAAUACACUUUAGAGGUCCCCUCCUCCUAUGGCAUAGCUCCAGCAGACAGGAGUGUUGAUUUCACCAGCAGAUUUCUAAUUGCCUUGUCUAUUCAUCCCUUGCAUAAAAUGCAGGGGUGUUGCUUAUACCGAGCCAAAGAGAGGAAUAUUCAAACCUCUACCAUCAAUGUGGCUGUUAGAAUAAAGCCGCGUAGUUGAAUAAUCUAAUUUCAUUCUAAAGUAGAAUGUACGUAGCCUCGAGCCUGAUACUGCGCUGAUGCACAAACUUAAAAAAGUCUGCUAUGUCUAGGCUGUAGUUCUGUCUCUCAAUACCAACACAAUCCAAUGUUCCACUAAAUAACGGGAGUUUAGAAGAACGUGUAAUAGUCUUUUAAAUUGAAGAGUAAUAUUAUAAUGUAUGUAUUUCAAUAGCUAUUUAAUAGCAGAAGGUGUCUUACAAAUACAAGAGGAAGAUGUUCUGUAUAGACUGGCUUUAUGAUUUAUUGUUCAAGAAUUGUAUCAUCCAAUUUUCUAUACGUGGUAAACAUGUAGGUUUUUGUUUAUAUUAUCUUUGAAAUAAAUGGAAAGAAUAUAACAGAAGUUAAAAAGAAAAUGCAGUUUGUAGUUGUCUAAUGAACUGUAACUUAUUGCUCAUUAUUGCUCAUUCUGAAAAUACUGUUUCCUGGCAUAAGCAAAAGGAUGAAAUAAAAUGGCUGUGUUACAUGG